AGGUUUUUCCACUUACCAUUACCACACUUCUUCUGUCACACUCGGUCACUCUUCUUUCCCUGCUUGUUUCAUUGAACUCGACCAAUCUCUCCCCUGCUUGCAACUCUUCCUUUAUCCUUGACCACACUACUCACAUCACAUUCGCAUCCUUUCAGGUUGAUUUUUUAUCAUGCCGAAAGUAAGUAAGGGGAAAAAAGGCAUACAAACUGGGGAAAUGAAGAAAAACCGUAAUAUGGAACAAAAUGCUGAUGUUGAGACACAUGUUACAGUAAACAAUGAUGUGGAUCAUGGAAUGCAGCUUGUUAAGGGGAAAAAGGUGAAAGUUGCUACUAGCCGAAAACGGAAGAACAAGGACAAAAAUCUUGUUGGAAUACAAAAACCAGAAGAUGUUGAAGUUGAUUUAGAAGAGCAAAAUGUGGAUCAUGAAAUGCAGUUUACAAAGGGGGAAAAGGUGAAAGUUUCAACCAGCCGAAAAAGGAAGAACAACGACAAAAAUCUUGUUGGAAGACAAAGACCAGAAGAUGUUGAAGUUGAUUUAGAAGAGCAAAAUGUGGAUCAUGGAAUGCAGGUUACAGAGGCGAAAAAGGUGAAAGUUUCAACCAGCCGAAAAAGGAAGAAUAAGGACAGAAAUCUAGUUGGAAAACAAAGACCAGUAGAUGUUGAGGUUGAUUUAGAAGAGCAAAAUGUGGAUCAUGGAAUGCAGCUUAUAAAGGGAAAAAAGUUGAAAGUUACUCCUAACCGAAAAAGGAAGAACAAGGACAAAAAUCUUGUACAAAGAGCAGAAAAUGAAGAGGUUGGUUUAGAAGAGCAAAAUGAUGGAGUGGUGGAACAUUGUGAUUCUAAAGAAGAGGAUAUCAAAGACUCCAAGAAGCUUGGAGAUUCUAAUAUUGAAGCAGCUAUCAAACCUUGUAGGUCAAAGGAAGCUAAGAAGAAAAGGAGAAAGGAGGUUACAAAAUCACCAGAAAAUAAAGAACAAAAUGACGAAGAUGACAUUCAUAUUAUUUCCUCUGGAGAUGAUGACUGCUCAAAUGGAAUGAAAAAAUGGAUCAUGGAAUACCAUCGAAGUAGACCAGGGUUGGAGGUGUUGCAAAAUCAAAUUGAUGAAUUUAUAACUACUUACGAGGAAAAAUUGGAAGAGGAAAGAAAAGCAAAAGAAGCCCUUGCUGCAGAAGGGGGAUGGACAGUAGUUGUGCAGAAGAAGGGUAGGAAGAAAACUACUGACUCUGAAAGUGGGAUUGCUGUGGGCUCGGUUGCUCAAGCUGCUGCUGAGAAUAAUUUGGCCAAAAAGAAACCUAAAGAAGUUGGCCUUGAUUUCUACCGCUUUCAAAAAAGAGAAGCUCAGAGAAAUGAGCUAAUGGAAUUGCAGAGCAAAUUUCAGGAGGAUAAGAAACGGCUGCAACAGUUGAGAGCUGCCAGGAAAUUUAGACCUUAUUAAAUGAUGUUGAUAGUAGCCAAGCUCCGCCGAUCUUUUCUUGGGGGGAGAGGAUUAUAUUUAUGAAUUCCUGAAGUUGAAUUAUCCUACAGUCCUCUAAAAUUUGGUUCAUUUACCUUUCCAAUUUUGUCGAAAAUGUUUAUAAAUGUAGUAGAGGAAGUAGUUAUUUUCAUUUGAGUUAUAUGAUUUUGCAGGGACGGAGAUACUGCACAUUUAUCCUCUAUAAUUGUGAUUGUAUAAUUAUGCUGUUAAUCUUCAGCUAUACAAUUUUGACA